AAUUAAUUAAUUAUUCAAACGUCUUCUUCGAGUUGCCGUUGAAGCGAGGACAAUCGGUGAAGGCCUGGAGGGUGAAUCACUUCUGAUCUGUUCUCCAUUGGAAGCCGUCGUCCAUUCUGAGUCAGAUCGAAAACUCACAGUCACACUCAUUACGAGUUGAAAUCGUUGGAACCUCGUCGAACAACCAUUCAAAUUGAGACAGACACACGUGCUCUGACUCGCCGGAAUCUCACCGGAAAACAAGUUCGUCGGAACUCAGUUGGCGAACUUGAAAUUGACGCUUAGGGCAACUCCAACCAAAAAUUCCGUCCAAAACGAGGGAAUUCUAAAAUUCCCAUUCGCUCUCUCUCUCGCUCUUGCAGAUUCACGCUCGUUCUCACUCUGGCGGAUCGUGGCUCGUUUUCGCUCUCAAGCUUUCUCUCUGGUUGAAGCUGAAGAGUAACCUGAGAUAUCCAAGGAUUAUUUUGCAGAAUUUGAAAAUGUCAAUGGCAAGCGAAUCAAGCUGGGUCGGGAGGAAGCCAGUGAAACGCAUUGGGGGAAUGUCCGAUGCUCUUUCAAUUGCAGCCGAUCUUGGUUUCUCCUUGUCCCCUCCCCCAUCCCAGGAAGGACUUCAGAAUUCAUCCCCCACAACUGGGGAAAAGGGUGAGGACUUGAUCAGGGUUUUGAGAGAACUGACUACCGUCCAAAGAAAAAUUGCAGAUUUGCAAGUUGAACUUCAAGGUCGAAAGGAUGACAAAAAUGUUGCACAUUUGACUCAUGUGAGUGAAAUGGAAAAGAAGAUUGAGACAUUGGCAAGGAUUACUACUAUACUCAAAGAUGUUAUUCAGAACAAGGAUCGCAUUAUAGCUCGCCUACAGCAGCCAUAUUCCCUUGAUUGCAUUCCUGUUGAAGCAGAAUAUCAGAAACAAUUCUCUGAACUACUGAUGAAGGCAGCUAGUGAUUAUGGUGCUUUGACAGCAUCAGUGGCAGAUUUUCAGUGGAGUCAGAAUUUCAAGGAACCUCCUUCAGUUUGGGGGGAAAUGCUUCGGCCCAUUCCUGUAGCUUUGGCAUCUUGCACUCGGUUCUUUGAAGCCAUGUCUGCCACAAGAGAGUCAUUUGCAUCACUUCAAAAACUGAGAGUUGGCCAUUUUGAUUCCCCUCUAUCUCGAACACCAGCUGUAGAUUCUUCCCAAAGAGUAUCGGGAGUUUCUGAUUAUCUAACACCACCUCCAUGGAAAACUGAAACGAACUUUGAUGACUUGGGUAUCAGAAACCAAAGGAGACAACAUCUAGAUCAGCAGGUGGAGGAUCUAAACAGCUAGGUAAAUGAGAUCCAUCAGAAUAUUUGUACAAGCCUAAGGAUCUUGUCUUGCCGUCCCUCAUUUAAAGAAGAGUGUUACAUAGAUAUCAAACAUACUCUCUGUAUCAUUUGUGUGAUAUAUCAUACUUCAAUUAUUUUUGCAAAUCAAUUAUGCCAUUGUUGGUUUAGAAUUAUAUAUUUUUUGAGUCA